CUGGUUGCGGUCCCGCUGAAGCCCGGGGAGGACGGGGCCGAUGCCACCGCUCUGCUCUGCGCUCAGGUCGCGGCAGCUGGGCCAGGGAGCGAGGCCUGACGGAGGCCCGGCCCUGAGGCUAAGUGCCACUGAAGCGGGGACCGGGUCUGCUCGGGAUGAGGCCACCGCCAGCGCCGCCCGCGCCGCCCGCAGCGAGAUCGAGCCGGGGCGCUGCUGAAGGAAAGCAGCCGCUCGGCGCCCGCUCUAUGGUCCCUGGCCCCACGGGACCGCUCUGUACUGCCACUCAAUGGCCUUGGCUGAGCGUGAGGAGGCACGGCGGGCUGCCCCGCGCCUGCGCACCGCGUCCUCUAGAGCCGCUCGACUGCGGUAGCCGGGAGGCCGUAUGGCGGUGGCCGUACUACGGCCGCUUGAUGCCCUGCCGGCGGAGCUGGCGCCGGGCACCGCGCUGCUGCUGGCGCCGCCACCGCUAUGUGUGGCGCUGCGCGGGCGGGGCGGCGGGCUGGUGCUAGCGGUGCGGCCGGCGGGGCGCGGCGGGGCGCAGGCCGUGCUGCUGAGCGCCGUGGCACUGGAGGGCGGCCGGCGGGGCGCGGAGCUGUGGCUGCGCGGGCCUUUGCUGCGGCGGCUGGGGCUGGCGGCCGGUCGGCGGGUGGCUGUGUGGCCGGUGCGCCGCCCGCCGGCGCUGGCCUGGGUGCUGCUGGGGGCGGCGGGGCGGCCGGGGCAGCUGGCGGCCGGUGCGGUGCUGGUACGGCGCGGGGAGGCGCUGCCGGGGCCGAGCCCGCGGCCGGUGGUGCUGGAAGCGCGGCCGGCGCUCCAAGGGCUGCUGGGCAAUGGCACGCACACCGCUCUCGCUCCCCCCCCGCCGCCGCGCGAGCCCGCGGCCGGCGGCGCCCCCUGCCGGCGCCCCUCCGCGCCGCCCGUCGUUUCUCGCUUUGCCGUGGACAGGCCCGGCGGGGAGGUCGCGGCGGUGCCGCUGCUGCGGGUGGCCCUCGCCGGCGGGGCGGGCGGCGGCGGGGCGGAGGUGUGGGUGAGCCGACGCGGGCUACUGGCGCUGGGGCUCUUCCAGGGGGAGUGGGUGAGGGUGGGCGCCGAGGGGGCGGCUCGCGAGCACCUGGCGGCGCUGUUGGCACGGCCGCCGCCUUGGGAGUACCCGCGGGCCGCUCGCCACGGCGCGGGAGACGGCGCCGUUCUGCUGGCCCCCGCCCUGGCCUUCAACCUGGGCUGCGACCCCGCCGCCGCCGCACACCUGCGCCUGCGGAGGUACGAACGGUCCGGCGCCGCGGAGGGGAAAAGCAGCCGGUCGGUGCUGUCCGUGCCCCCCUUCGCCAAAGAGCUGAGCCUGGAGAUUGUCUGCUCGCCGGCCUACAGCGCCCGGGGAGGCUACGACCGCGUGCUCUACAAGCAUUUUGAAACGCCCCGGCUUGUCCAGGAGGGAGACAUCCUCUGUGUUCCCACAUUUGGAUAUGCUGAGUUUUUAGAUGUAAAUGCAGACAAAUUUGUAAGGUGGCCAGAGCUUUACUUCAAAGUCAGGAAGAUUUUAGGCAUGGUGGAAGGCAAGCAGUCUGAGGGUUACCUGGUGGACACCCAGAACACUUCUCUCUAUCUGGUGGGUUCAACCAACAGUACUGUCCCAUUUGCCCCAGCUUAUAAUCGUCAUGAGUUCUGGAACAGUUUGUCUCCUGCUGGACUUUCUGAUACUGUCAAGCAGCUCUGUGAUGCUCUUCGGCCUCACCUCAACAGUCAGGCAAGUGCACUGAGUGGGCCCGGCAGCGUUCUCCUUUCAGGGCCAAGCGGCAGUGGGAAACUGAUGGCUGUCAGAGCUGUGUGUAGCUGCCUCAGCCUCCACCUCUUCAAGGUUGAUUGUGUUAGCUUGUGCAGUGACACUGGUGGAGCCACAGAGGAGAAAGUACAGAUGGCUUUCAUCCAGUCUCAGCAGUAUCAUCCCUGUGUGCUCGUGCUGAAAGACAUUGAGGUGCUUGGCAGAGACUGGGACAGGCUGGGAGAGGACGCCAGAGUCAUUGCUACUCUGAGACAGCUGCUCCUGGACAGAGACCCAGUGCUGAGCCACCCUGCUCUGGUGAUUGGCACAACCUGCAAGCCCCAGGAUGUUCCCACAGAUGUGCAAACUGCUUUCCUUCACGAGGUGAACAUCGGAGCCCCUUCAGAAGAGCAGAGGAGGUCAAUGCUGAGUAUGCUGACUGUCGGUCUGCCACUGGGCAGAGAAGUGAGCCUAUCCAAGCUGGCCCGCAAGACUGCGGGGUUUGUGCUGGGAGAUUUCUGUGCCUUGUUGUCCCACAGCAGCCGGGCUGCUUCUACCCGCAUUCAGACCAUGAGUUUUCCAGGUGGACUGAGCGAGGAAGCGGAGAGAGAUUUUUGCACUGCUGGGUUCCCAGUGCUUGAGGAGGAUUUUAGUUUUGCGUUGGACCAGCUGCACAACACCCAUUCACAGGCAGUGGGAGCCCCGAAGAUCCCCUCUGUGUCCUGGCAGGAUGUUGGUGGGCUCCAAGAGGUGAAGAAGGAUAUCGUGGACACUAUCCAGUUGCCCCUGGAGCACCCAGAGCUGCUCUCACUGGGUCUGUGCCGCUCUGGUCUGCUGCUGUAUGGGCCUCCGGGGACAGGGAAGACCUUGCUGGCAAAAGCUGUGGCAACCACAUGCACCAUGACAUUCCUUAGCGUCAAAGGGCCAGAGCUCAUCAACAUGUAUGUUGGGCAAAGCGAGGAGAAUGUGCGUAAUGUCUUCGCCAAAGCCAGAGCAGCUGUUCCCUGCAUUAUCUUCUUUGAUGAACUGGAUUCCCUGGCCCCCAGUCGUGGGCGGAGUGGAGAUUCAGGGGGCAUCAUGGACAGAGUUGUCUCACAGCUUCUGGCUGAGCUUGAUGGCCUUCAUUCCACCAGGGAGGUAUUUGUCAUUGGAGCUACAAACAGGCCUGACCUCCUGGACCCAGCUCUGCUUCGGCCGGGCAGGUUUGACAAGCUGGUCUAUGUGGGUAUAAACGAAGACCGAGAGUCGCAGCUGCAGGUGCUGGGUGCCAUCACCAGGAGGUUUAAUCUGGAUCCUUCCGUGAAUCUCACCACCAUCCUAGAAAAAUGCCCAGCUCAGCUAACAGGAGCAGACAUCUAUGCCCUGUGCUCAGAUGCCAUGAUGUGCGCUGUCAAACGCAAAGUAGAAUGGAUUGAGGAAGGGCUGGAUACCGAGAGCUCUGUGCUGAUCCUGACCAUGGAAGAUUUCCUGCAGGCUGCUGCCAGGUUGCAGCCGUCAGUCUCUGAGCUGGAGCUGGCCAAGUACAGACUCAUCCAGCAGAAGUUUGCUGCCUGCUAAUGGUCAGCAGAGGUGGGAGUGGAGGAGUGAUGGGGAGGAUGUGUUAGGGGUUCAAGAGACCAAACACAAAUGGCACUCACCUGCUCUUCUCUGAUGUCUUCUGGGCCCCAUUCUUUUGAGCUUGGAUGAAGAAGUGGCUGUGCAGUUUACUGAGCCAAAGACUGGUGGAAGCUUAGCCAAGUUGAUGGUGGCUUCUGUAAUGGUCCACAUCUUGGAGAGCCCUUUCUGGCUACUGGGAGCAUCCUGGGAUGACUUCCCCACAGGGAGGAAGGCGAGUCUCAUGAUUGUGGGCAAUGUAGAAGCGUCUCCAUGCAUGACAGAACGUUGGUGGAGGAGCAAGACCCAAACUGCACCCAGUUUGGAAAAAAAGAGGUGGGCUGGAGGCAGUUGCUUGUUGAGCUGGUCAGGCCCCAGUAAGGGGUAUUGGCCAGAGGGCAGCAGGAUACAGCUGCUGCACCUGGCCUUAGCUUGACAUGGUCUUUCUGAAUAAAUACAGGUUUUUGGCACUAGGUA